UAAUUCACCUACUCCAAGUGGGUAAUCUAAGAAUCAGUUUCUAUGUAUCACAUGAGAGAGAGAGAAGGAAAAACUACACAGAACAGGACAAGAGAAUGGUUUGUAUGAAAUGGAUGGAUGAAGAAGGAAGAUGGUAAAUUUGAUUGAUAGCUUAGAGUGAAAAGUGAAUGAGAUGAACACAACAGCCAUCAUCCUUUGUGUUCUGUGAGAGUGAAAAGCAAAGAAUGGCACUUCACUUUUAGGCUGUAAUCUGAGACAUCCAGCCCCGGCUUCUAAUUUCCAUCAUCCUUACAAAACAGAUAAUUUUGGGUCCACUCUAACAAUAGAAUUCAAAAAAGGUAAGAUCCCUUGCUGGGUUCAAGUUUCUCACUUUGGCUUCUCCCCAAAAUGGGUUCCUCAGAUCGAUUGUUCAACCGGCAAAGAACUCUCCAUGAGAUCCUUGGUGGGGGUCAAGUUGCAGAUUUAAUACUGUGGAGACGGAAGAACCAAACGAUGGGGAUAUUGUUGGUGACACUUGCUGUUUGGGUUGUGUUUGAAAGAUCUGGUUAUACUCUUCUGUCUCUUGUUUCCAAUGUUUUCCUCCUCCUCAUUGUCAUUCUUUUCCUUUGGGCCAAGUCAGCUGCGAUUCUCAACAGACCUGCACCACCUCUACCACAGUUGCAUCUGUCAGAGGAAAUAGCAAACGAAGUGACAGCUUUUAUCCGCACAAGAGUUAAUGAUUUGUUAUCAGUUUCUCAAGAUAUUGCCCUUGGUAAAGACUCAAAGCUGUUCUUGAAAGUAGCUGCAUACCUCUGGCUAAUUUCCAUUAUUGGUGGCUUGACUGAUUUCCUUACCCUGGCAUAUACCAGUCUUUUUAUUGUUCUUACAGUACCAGCAAUCUAUGAAAGAUAUGAAGAAUACAUAGACAUGUAUAUUUUGAAGGGUUACAGAAAACUGUGCUUUUUACAUGUGAAAAUAAAUGAGAAAUAUGUCAGAAGAGUCCACAACUGGAUUCUGGAGAAGAAAAAGCUGAGCUGAGUUUGUUUUCUCACAGGUUUUUUGUUCAUUUCUUUUGUCACUCUUCUACAACAUUUCUUACAGGGUCACUGGUGAGAUUGUAAUUGUGAGUUUGAGGGACAAUAGUGAUCAUCUCUCUCCAAAAUGAGAGUCUUCUUCCUUUUGCAUUUUCCAUCUUCAAUGAUGGAUCUUUUUUGGUACAUAAUGAAGAACCUCUUAAGUUGGACUUGUU